AUGAAGGCAUACCUCAACACCCAGGGAUGGGUCUUCAAACUGCAGCCCAAAACGACAAGGGUUGGGAGGCAUCAGGACAACGACCUCUGUUUACGGAAUGCGGGCGUGGAGGAGAGCCACGCCCUGAUUGAGUGGCGGGAGGCGGAGCGUUGCCACGUGCUCACCGACCUCGACUCCUCCCACGGCACCUACGUCAACGGCUGCCGUAUCCAUAACGCCAGCGUCCGGCUGUCGCCAGGCGACCAGCUGCACUUUGGCUACGGAGGCUCCGCCUAUGAGCUGACGGUGGACAGCAGCACCCCGCUCCCCUUGUUGGGCAGAGAUCUGAGCGCUGUGUCCCCUGCCUGGGUUUUGGAAGGACCGCCCCUCACGCCCCUCACGCCCCACCCCCCCACACGAGCCCCGGCGCCUCGUACUCGCCCGGCCAGCGCAGGAACCCGACGACCCGGACAGAGCCACAGCCUGACUCCGCCCCCUCACAGGCCAGGAAGUUGGCCAGGCAACACAGGAAGUAGAAGUUCAACCAGAGGUCCAGUGGUGUCACAGAGCCUGCAGUCCCUGCAGCAUCUCCUGCAGGAGAAGGACCGUCUCAUCUCUUCUCUGCGUGACGAGGUGUCCGUGCUCACACACCAGCUCACACACUCUCAGGCCCAGGUGGACGUCACACACACACUCAACAGCCUGCAGACAGAGAUCAGCCUCAAGACCCAGCAGAUACAGGAGCUCAAAGAGCAGCAAUUGGAGUUGCAGGUGUCUAGUGAGCAAGUUAAGCAGGCAGUGACGGAGAGAGACCUGAAGAUCAGCAGCCUCCGAGCACAGCUGGACAGAAUGAAGCAUGAACACACCAAGAACUCAGGCCUGGUGUCCAGUCUGCAGGGUGAUCUCUCGUCCAAAGACAGACACACACAGAAGCUGACCGCUGAACUGGAGCGACUGCGUCAGGACAUCAGAUACAAGGAUGCACAACUGCAGAACCUCUCUGGCAAGUUCUCCAGGAAGCAGCAGGCAGAUACUGUGGCCCAUGACAAUGAAGUGAACGCCUUAAAGAAGGUCAGACAACAAUGA